AUGACGGCUUCCAGCAGUCGUAGUUAUUCCUCCGGUUCUGACGAAGAUCCCAAAGCUCCCAUAGCUAUGUCGAGAGCCAAGGUAAUUCGCGAUGAGAGAGCAAAGCCUAGCGUACCCUCGAAUGAGCGGAGAGUUACUUUCGGUGAAAUCAUGAAAAGAAAAGCCGACGACGAUGAGAAAGAUGCUCGUCAGCGCACAAAGGAUCGAAUCCGACGCAAAAUACAGAUAGCUGAGGAAAAACGGCAAUUCUUGGACGGGGUACCCUCUGAUUCUGAUGUUGAUGCUUCCGAAGAAGAAACCUCCUGGGGUUUGCCUGAUCAUCGUGACAGUGAUUCCGAAGAAGAGCAUUCUGAGAAGGAUAGUGAUGAAAACUCUGAGAAAGACAGUGAUGACGAAUCUGACAACUCAGAUGGAUCUAACGAAUAA